AUGAAGAAGGAAGAAACGCUUGACCACACCGAGGCUCUAUCGUAUGAAGAGACGGCCGCCCUGUUGAGUAUGAGCGACUCAUACAUCCAAGAAGCCGUACACAUGUCGAGACACUAUGCCGGCUGUUCACGCCAUCCGUUCGCGAUCGACUCUACCCGAUGGAAACGAAUAGCACAUGUCCGCGACCUCGCAAUGUACAAGGAGCGUCGAGCUCGCUGGAGACACAACAACAAACGCAAACUCGGCUCACGGUUGGCAGAUUACGACUAUGUAGACGACGGUACCAAAUUGCUACCAGCUACGCUAAUGAUCGGCACGUUCCCCGGUGACUUGGAAUCCGUCAUGUUCGGGCUGCAGAGCUCAACCGAAGACGCCACGCGACUACGAGCGUCGUACCUAGGGGACAAUCUCGUGGACGAGAAAUUGUUAGCUGCACCUCUUGAGUCUCCAAGCUACGACAACCCGCUGCGGUCGUGUACUUUAAGGUGGCGAGGCUUGCGUAGCGGCGCCACAGCUGCCAAAGUGACAUCACGACAGUUCUUCAGCUCGCGUGCUAUUGAGACGGUGUACAUUGAGUCCACAGGGAUCACGGAGCUCGGGAAUGGAGAACGAGUUGGCUACGAGUUACUACAAUCGGUGGAGGUCCCGGGAUUCGGUGGCUUUAGCAAGAACGGCAGACGGCAAGCUGUUAUCUCGUACUGCUACGUGUAUCGCCAGCCAUCCCCAGACGUUAUGGAGGUGUUCAUGUUAGGCUCUACUUCUUGUGACGGUGUGUUUCUUGGCGGCGCUUUAGCCAAGAUGCACAGUCUGCAUCGACUUGUCCACUGUGCUGAACGCAAGAAACUCGCGUGGCUUCUGAAUUCCAGUCAACCGACACUAGCCAAUCCAAAAGCUGGAGGCUGUUGCGCCGAGUGUUUUCGCUCCUUUGGGCGGUGGCCACAUCGUGCCGAACGACUGUGUAGCGCCUGUGACGAACGGGUCUGUGCGAGCUGCACGGCAUAUCGCCAAAUGCACUUCGCACUGCCAUUCCGUCGCAAAGUCACCCGCUCCAAACUUGCCUUCUGUGGUCGCUGUCUCCAACGAGCCGAAGAAACAAGUCCGAUGACGGUAGCAGCUUUCGAAGCCAUGGAACAAGGGGAGGACUUUGACUUCGACACUGCCGACAGCUCCUUGCCACCAUAUUCCAACUCAAAGUGGAGCAGCCAAUGCCUCGACGAAGACGACCUGGCGAUGACCAUCCUGGGCGACUAA